GCCUGCGCAAUGGGCCGGCCGUGGGGGGCGGGAAGCACUGCGGGGCAGUGGAGCCCAUGUCGGCCUUGAGGCGCUCGGGGUACGGCCCCAGUGACGGUCUGUCUUAUGGCCGCUACUACGGGCCUGGGGGUGGAGAUGUGCCCGUGCACCCACCGCCGCCCUUAUAUCCUCCUCGCUCUGAACCUCCCCAGCCUCCCGUUUCCUGGCGGGGGCGCGGGGGCGGCGUGGCUGAGACCCCCUGGCCGGGAGACUGCGGAGGAAGCGAUGGCUACUAUCCGUCUGGAGGCGCCUGGUCGGAGCCGGGGCGAGCUGGAGGAAGCCACCAGGAGCAGUCACCAUAUCCUAGCUACAAUUCUAACUAUUGGAAUACUGCACGACCUAGGGCUCCUUACCCAAGUACAUAUCCUGUAAGACCGGAAAUGCAAGGCCAGAGUUUGAAGUCUUACACAAAUGGAGCAUAUGGCCCACCAUACCCGACUGGCCCUGGGGCAAAUACUGCCUCAUACUCUGGGGCUUAUUACACACCUGGAUAUACUCAGACCAAUUACUCCACAGAGGUUCCAAGCACUUACUGUUCACCUGGCAACAGCCCAACCCCAGUCUCUCGUUGGAUGUAUCCCCAGCAGGACUGCCAGACUGAAGCACCCCCUCUUAGGGGGCAGGUUCCAGGAUAUCCUGCUGCACAGAACCCUGGAAUGACCCUGCCCCAUUAUCCUUAUGGGGAUGGUAAUCGUAGUGUUCCACAGCCAGGACCAACUGUACGACCACAAGAGGAUUCAUGGGUGUCUCCUGGUGCUUAUGGAAUGGGAACCCGUUACCCCUGGCCUUCAGCUGCGCCCUCGGCACCUCCUGGGAAUCUGUACAUGAAUGAAAGUACUUCGCCAUGGCCCAGCAGUGGCUCUCCUCAGCCACCUCCAUCACCACCGCCCCAGCAGCCCAAGGAUUCCUCAUAUCCCAACAGCCAAUCAGAUCAAGGCAUGAGCCGGCACAGCUUUCCUUGCACUGUCCAUCAGUACGAGUCCUCGGGAACUGUGAACAAUGAUAAUUCAGACCUUUUGGAUGCCCAAGUCCAAUACAGUGCUGAGCCCCAGCUGUAUGGUAAUGCCACCAACGAACAUCCCAGCAAUCAAGAUCAAAGUAAUAAUCUUCCAGAAGAGUGUUCAUCUUCAGAUGAAGGUACCCCCCCAAGUAUUAAAAAAAUCAUACAUGUGCUGGAGAAGGUCCAAUAUCUUGAGCAAGAAGUAGAAGAAUUUGUAGGGAAAAAGACAGACAAAGCAUACUGGCUUCUGGAAGAAAUGCUAACCAAGGAACUUUUGGAACUGGAUUCAGUUGAAACUGGGGGCCAAGACUCUGUUCGGCAGGCCCGGAAAGAGGCUGUUUGUAAAAUUCAGGCCAUACUGGAAAAACUAGAAAAAAAAGGAUUAUGAAAGGAUUUAGAACAAAGGGGAAGCCUGUUACUAACUUGACCAAAGAACUCUUGAUUUUGGUUAAUUACCCUCUUUUUGAAAUGCCUGUUGAUGACAAGAAGCAAUACAUUCCAACUUUCUUUGAAGUAAAACUUGAAAAACUGGUAAAGGACUUGGAAGAACAUUUUAGUUAUGAAUUGUUUUCAGUUUUUAGACCAAUGAAUGUAAUAGGGAACUGUGGAGUUAUCAAUAUUGCCAAGUAGAUUCACUCCUUAAGAAGUUUAUGGAUAUCUGCAAGCUGCUUCUUAUCAGCAGGAAGGAAAUACACGUUAUGUAACAGGCUUAACAGAAACCUACCAGAUGAGGCUGGAUAUAGUCUGAGACAAACAGGCUCUGUUCUUUUAAACGUCUGGAUUACUUGUCACAUUUUUGUACAUUGUGACUGCUUUCAACAUACACUUCAUGUGUAAAUUACAGCUUGGACUUUAGCCUUCUUGGACCUCUGUUUUGUUUUGUUAUUUGCAGUUCACAAAUAUAGUAUUAUUCUCUACUUGUUGGUACAUUUUGUAGUAAUAUGUUUAAUUCAAGAGACUGUAUUGACAGCCAGAUAGUAUGGCAAUCCUGAAUGAAUUUUUAUCUUUUCACCACUUGAAUAUAUUGCAAUGUAUGGUGAGUUCCUGAGGUAAACUGUCUCCUUUUUUGUAUAGAUCACUGGUUAGAGUUUUACCACUUCUACUUUUCAUGUUAAUAGUGAAAGGUGAAUUUGGAAAUGGCAUGGGCAUAGGAGUGAAAAUGUUUGUAGCCAUUUUUCUUUUUUGCUUUUUUAUUGUAUUUGGAUAAAGAUCCACUUAAAAAAAUUUUUUUCCCUCUUAUUUAUCUUUUCACUACUGCUGCUUCCAUUAGGGGCAUUAUGAUAGACACAGAUGAAAAAUUAAAUGCCACGGUGAGUAGAAAUAGUAACUGCAGAAGUAAUAUGACUAUUUGGAAAGACUGUUCUCCAUCUAAAAUAUUAGUUUCAUCAUCAAGAUCCCUAUGAGCAGAUUUCAGCUCAGUUUAUAGUCAAAAACAAUGAGGGUAAAAGAGGAAUCAUGCUCAGGGAAUGAAUCAGCCAUAGCUAGAGUGGGAAAUUAUUUUCUUCUUUUAAAGGUAGAUUUGAUGUUUAUUUCCCUAAAUUGCAUAGACAAUAUUACUUGUUUUAUAAAAAAGAUUCUAUUACCAUUAGUAACAGUCAUUUUAGAGCCAAAUUUAAGGAAGGGGUAUUUGAAGGGGUCUUAGCUGCACUUGCUUGGGUAGCUCUAUGCUAUCGUAUAGAAGAGAUUUAGGUUAAAAACUUACUUUUUUACAUCUGAAGUGAGUUCUAGUAUACAGUAUCUGUUAUUGGGAAAACAGCUGUUUCUUAAUAAGAUAUCCAAGUGAUGAUUUUUUUUUCUAGACUGCCAGGCCUAUUAGUGAUAAUAAAUCUAUCAGCCUUCUCUUCUUCUCAUAAACAAAACAAAAACAAUUCAAAUAUAUUAUAUGAUGAGAAGAAAUGGAGUAAAAAUAUUGGCUGGGUCUUACGGUUGGGGUGAGUAUUUUAUGAGAUAAUAUGGUGAUACUUUUAUUCUAGGAUUUUUAUUUUUGGCUGAAUAUAGGAAUGUUAAAAAAGACUUUUCUAUGAAAAUUAGAAAAUUGUACUUGAAACUAAAAAUUUACAAGAGGAAAAACCUUACAGCUAAGUUAAUGUAAACCAGUGAGACAAUGACUAAUUCAGGAGAGAACACUACUAUUUAACUGAGUGCCCAAGAUACCAGUUUCCAUGAAGACUUGAGAUAUAUAUAUACACAUCAUGCACAUAUAUACAUAUGUGUGUGUGUAUGUUUUUUAAAGUUAUUUUUUUAAAUUUUGAGAUAAUUUUAGACCUGAAGAGUUGUAAAAAUAGUAGUUUCUGUAUACUCUUCACUCAACUUCCCCUUAGUUAACAUCUUACAUAACCAUAGACCAUUUGUCAAAUUAAGAAAAUAGCCUUGAUACAAUACUGUUAGCUAAAGUAGAGUUUAACAAAUAGAGAUUUUCUUAGUCUUUUCACUAAUGUCCUUUUACUGUUCCAGGAUCCAAUCCAGGAUCCUGCGUUGCAUUUAGCUGUCGUCUCUAGUUUUUCCCAGCCUGUGACAGUGUAUCACGACACUUGAUGUUGUAAUGUAUUUCUGGUAUUGUUAACCUUAACCACUACCUAAGGUGGUGUCUGCUAGGAUUCUCUACUGUAAACUUACUAUGUUUCCUUUGUAAUGACUAAAUAUUUGCUGGAGAUACUUUGAGACUAUGCAAAUGUCCUGUUUCUGCUUUAACUUUUGCCCACUCAUUUUUGUGUCUGUUGGCAGAUUUUGCUUGUGUCUGUUACUACUGUGGUGUGCUAAUGGUGAUUUUCUAUUGCUCUAAUUCUGUCUACAUUUAUUAAUUGGAAUUCUUCUGUAAGGAAAGGUUAUCACUUCUGGAUUUAUAUUUUUAAUUAUAAUAAGAUAUUCAGGAUAAGUACAAACUUAGAACUUAAAAAUGUAAACCAUGUUAAAAUGAUUCAAAUACCAAUAUCAGAGAAAGGAAAAUUAAGUUGGUGACCUGUUUCAGAAACAAUAAUGAACUUAAAAAGGAAAAUAGUAUUUAGGAUUCGUGGAUUUGGUUCAGUUUUUGACUUAGUAUUGACCUUAGACUGAAUUCAAAAUUUUCUUGAAAUUUCACAUCUGGACUUUUUUAAAGUGUCUAAAUUUAUAUUACUUUGGGGAUAGUUUUUGUCAAAAUCUUGAAUAAAGUUACCCAGACCUGGCAUGUUAAACACAA